AUGCCACUUCGACACGUUGCUGAUCAAUUCCGAAGUAAAUGGCGGCGAUCCUCUACCAAGACUGACGACAUGCACACCACGAGUGGUUCAGCUGCCGCCGUUCUAGUAUCCGCACGGACCAGUAUCGAUACCAACGUUGACUCUGCAACCAAACAACGACAUCCUUUAUCAUUAUCCUCAGGGCAAAAACAACAUAGACAACCAGGUGCUGCUCCUCCUGCUGCUUCUCCUGUUCCUGUUACCAACAACAACAACAACCAGCAGCAACAACCAUCAUCCUCAUCACAACAACCAGCAGCAGCACCAUUGGCACCUAACCCAGAUUAUGCAUUGGAUGGGAUUGGCGAAUAUGUGUUUCUAGAACAGUUGGGACAUGGCAAAUUUAGCAAAGUGAUGCUUGCUCAGCAUUAUCAAACAGGGGACAAAUAUGCUGUAAAGAUCAUUGAUAAGCGAUUGCAUGGGUACCGAAUUCUAUCUCGAUUGGUGCGUGAAAUUACACUCAUGGAGUCCCUUGAUCAUCCCAACGUUGUACACUUGUAUGAAACAUUCGAAACAGCUGAUUCAUUAUUCCUGGUCAUGGAAUACGUACGAGGCGUCAAUUUGGAUGAAUAUCUUCAACAACAAUCAAAUAAUCGAGGCGCAUUAAAGGAAGAUGAAGCACGCCACAUUUUUCGUCAAAUCGUUGCCGCCGUGGAUUAUUGCCAUAGUCAAUACGUCGUGCAUCGAGAUCUCAAGGCACCCAAUGUUUUGUUGAUGCCGGAUGGUCAAGUACGAUUGGCUGAUUUUGGUUUGGGAAAUCGGUUUGGGUUGCAGCGACUAAAGACGAUCUGUGGCUCCAUGCUUUAUUACAGUCCAGAGAUUAUUACGGGUCAAAAGUAUGUGGGACCUGAAGUGGAUUGCUGGUGCCUGGGGAUUCUAUUGUAUCGCAUGACGGUGGGCAGUGAGACGUUUGGACAUGCACGUACUGUGGGCGAACUAAAAAAGGAUGUGGUGGGUGCCAACUACCCGAUGCCUGAUCACCUGAGUGACGAUUUGCAACGUACCAUCCGCAAAUGUCUUACAUUGGACCGGCGUCGUCGAUUGGGUGUACGACAAGUCCUCGAUGAUGAUGCGUGGCUCAGCAACCAUGGUGCACUCCCAUCCCCUUUUGAACAAAUCGAUGCUGCUGUGGAAGAUACAACACGAGUGCGGGUGGAUCGUGAACGAUUACGACGUCAAUAUUUACGUGAUAUGGAAGAACGUGGGCGCAGUGGCAUGUUGCCUACGAUACGCAAAACGGUCAUGUAUCACCCUAUCAACGCAUCCAUUUAUUUCACUGGCGCCAUGCAACAUUCGCCAAGCCUCGAAGAAAGUUUACGUACAAAGGAGUUGAUGCGUGCUGAUUUAUACAAGGAGAUUCGGGUCAUCAUCAACCAAGUACGCUUACGCCCUGUUGCCAAUGCCAGCAUGAAACCACCCCUUGUUCAACAUUUUCUCCAAAAGUUUAAACGUGGCAAUAGCAACAGCAGCAUCACCACCGCCACUGGAUUAUCCACCACCGCCAAACAAACAAUCCGCCGAUCCACAUCAGCCCUUCAUUUCUCACAUUUUUACAAAAAGGCUGCCAAAGAUCAGGUCAAUUAUUACACCAUUGAAUGCAAUGUACGUGCCGUAUCAUCAACGACAGCAGUUUCAUCCGAUGCAUCCAAUGAUAUGCCUACUCCCUCGAUACCGUUACCAUCACCACCCCAUCAUAGCACUCCUCAUCAGGAUGAAUAUGAAAUGAUCUUGUUGGUGCGUUCUGCUUGUGAAUUGUUGGGCAUCACCUAUCGGCACGAAUCUCGAACACGGCUCUUGUGUGUACUUACAUUGCGUAAUUAUCGAGAAGAUCCUGGUCAGCUCAAAGAAAAACACCAUCAUCAGCAUCAUCAGCAAGCAAGACGAGCUUCAUCACAAAUGACAUCCGGUGGGACAAGUGAACAUACAAGUAGCGUAUUGAGUGAUAAUAGCUGGGCCAGCAAACUCAAGCGACUCUCAUUACCACUACUGUCAAAUCAUUUCCACAAUCAUAAUCAACAACAAGCAAGGAUAUGGUCCAAUUCAAUUCAAAUCAACUCAUCAGCUACACCAGCAAGUGUCGCAAGUGGCCAACAACAUUACGAUACGGCAGCUGCUCAUGCUGCUGAACCAUCCUCCUCUUCGUCCACACAGCCAAUGACUUCAUCCGAGGAUGGGACUGCCAUGUUUGCUAUCGAAGCCUUUGCUAUCCAGCCUACUAAACAACAACAACAGCAACAACGUGUCGUCGCUUUGCGAUAUUCAUGCGUCAACGGAUCGACAAAGGUUUAUAAGCUGGCCACUGGAUGGGUGGGUGGCGUGUUGUCCUCGACAAAAACCGUAGGCGCCUGA